CAAAUGUCAAAUAUGACACAGUGUACUGUGGUUCUGUGGUCAUGUGUGUAAAAAAAUCUCUUCAACUUUUACGACUUUUUUUGAACUACUAAAAUUUGAAAAGUUUACUUUUCUUUGUGAAAGUUUAAAAACUUUUUCAUGGAGUAGAAAAGUUACAGUUAAAUAAAGACGGUAUCUUCCACCAUCAAACGGAACGUUCCAGUUUCCAGGAUCGCCAUCACAAUCUGAAAUAAUAGCUUUUGAUGAUGGAUCAUUACCGUGAUCCAUACCAAGGGGAAGACUACUAUGAUCUUCUUCUAGAUGAUCAGGAUAGUGAUCAAGGAUUGUCCGAAGACGAAGCUCAGGAUUAUAAUUCUCAGUUAAAAGAUGAAGAUCUACCGACAUUUUUAGUUGAUGUGAAAGUUGAAGAUAUUGAAGAAAGAUGGGUCUGCCCAUCUAAUGAAAAUUUCAAUAGGAACUUUCAAGCUGAGUCCUCUCCUUGCAGUGAAAGUUCAAGAUCUCCACCAUGGUUGCCUCGCAUCGACUAUAACCAACUAUUCUCUCAGACAGAGUACAGCUGUAAACAGAAUGAAGAAAGUUGGGUAGUAUUUAGCCGCGAGUCAUCGGGUGGCGCGGUGCGAGCGUCGGGCGGCGCGCGCGACAUCUGUCUUAAAGAUGAGGAUAUCCCAGAAACACUCACACAAAUGGUCCAGAACAUCGCCAUGACAAGACAAACCAGUGACCAAGUACCACAACCAAGUAACGAGCAAGAAAUAACAUCACAAACAAGCAACACAACCUCUGAAUGUAAUGAAUGUAACAAUGAAUUUUAUGACAGCGAUAGGGCAGAGUACCAUUUUAUGAAUAGCGAUAAAUCUGCCUUCAACUUCGAGUGGUCAGACAUAUCCACGUUCAACCAAAUCAGAGAGCCCUUCCUGGCCACAGCAGGUGUGCAGCUGAAGUUGUCCACGCCCUAUGAAGCAUUCAGACACUACUGGAGUGACGACAUUCUACAGCACAUUGCAACAGCCACAAACACGCACGCACUCGCUAUAGCUUCCGCAUCAGAAAAGUUUAAAACAGACUGGCGUGAUACUAACGCUGAUGAAAUAAUGAUUUUAUUCGCAUUUUGGAUCAUGCUCGGCAUUAUAAGAAUGCCCUCAAUAAAAUCUUGUUUUUCAAACAGUGCACUACUAAAAACAAACAUUUUCAGCACACUCAUGACUGAAAACAGAUAUUGGCUAUUGAACAAAGCCCUUUAUUUCGUCACUGAGGUUGGAGAUAAUCCGACGCGUCCGAUCAAUCCACCCACUUUAUACCUGAAACCAGUUAUAGACCACCUCAACAAAAAGUUUAAAGAAGCUUAUUCGCCGGGCCCCGACCUAACCGUCAACGAGACCUCGAUAUGUCGCAACUUACAGUCAAAAACAUCCAAUAGUAUAAAAUACUACGAGCUGGUAGAGUGUGGGACGGGCUACCUUUUGUCUGUCCUGAGCGAUGACUCUAUAAUAGAGCCCGUGUGGCUGUCCCGUCACGCGAGCGCCGUGGUACAGCUGACGCGGCCGCUGCUCCAUCGCGGCCACCGACUGUUCCUCGACGAGCGGUUCUCUUCGCCCCCACUGGCGCGUCUGCUCAAACGCAACAACACUGACUGUGUCGGGGUUUUAUCUAGUUCAAGAGAUCUUCCUUCUGAUCUUCAUUCUUCUUGCUUAGUUCCUGGCGACUGCUCGGCGCGCCACGCCGGCGACGUGGCGGUGUGGGCGUACCGCGACCGACAACACACGCUCUACGCAGUGUCCACGCAUCAUGGGGCCGCCACAGCCCCCCGACUCCUGCCGUCAGUCGUCAAAGACCUCCACACCUUCUUAUCACCGACUGAACAUAACUCUGUAGACCCGUGCGUGGAUAGAACACAAACCUGGCAGAAAAGAAUGUUUAAAAGACUACUCAAUGCGACCGUGUUGAACAGUUCUAUUUUGAUUGGUAGUACAGGCUGCAAGAAACAGACUGCGUUUAGUUUGGGUCUCGUAGAAGAGAUUAUGAAGAGGCAUUUGGGGUCAGCACGGGGCAGGCGGCGGGCGGUGCAGACAGGUUUUGAGUCAUCGGAGGCGCGUCUAGUGGAGAGGCACUUCAUCGCCCGCGCGCCGUGCGGGGGCGGGGGCGGGGGGCGACUCACGGGGGCGGACGGGUCGUCGCGGGGCCGGCGGGCGUGUGUGUGGUGCGCGGGGCGGGAGGGACGCUCGCGCAAGACUGUCUACGUUUGUGAGCAGUGCCAAGUGCCGCUUUGCCUCAAUGAGUGCUUCAAAAAGUUUCAUACUGUGCCGUAG